CACGCCUUCUCCUCCUGCUCCUGCUGACAACCAGGACCCUCCACACCACACCCAUGGCCUGCAACAACAUCUGCCGUCCCUGCGGACCCACCCCUCUGGCCAACAGCUGCAACGAGCCCUGUGCCCUGCAAUGCCAGGAUUCCCACGUUGUCAUCAACCCUUCCCCUGUGCUGGUCACCCUGCCAGGACCCAUCAUGACCUCCUUCCCCCAGAACACCGCCGUUGGAUCCACCUCCUCGGCUGCUGUGGGCACUGAACUCAGUGUGCAGGGACAGCCCAUUUCUGGUGGAUUUGGUGGAUUUGGCUACGGCCUUGGCUAUGGCCGUGGAUUUGGCUACGGGCUGGGAGGCCUGGGCUGCUAUGGCAGAAGGGGUGGCUACAUCUGCUGAGGGCCCUUGGCAACAACCCUGACACCAACCACCAGCUCAGGGCUCUGGCAACAGCUCCUACAAGCAAAGCACUUCAGCUGAUCUUUGUCCUACUCGCACCUCACAACAGAUUAUUCUUUUCCACUUUUAUCUCCUGGA